AUGGGCCGCGGCGUCACGUGGGCCUAUCUCUACUUCAUAUUGCUCGUAAAGAGCUUGCUUGUUCGUACAUAUACCCGAAUUCCUGGCAAGCAUACUCUGAGUGAGUCGUUCAUCCACUGCUUCGGGUCUUGUGGCGGCGAACUUCGGCAGCGCGACGUUGAGCCCGGCUUCCGCACAGCGUCCGGGUAUCGCUACAGAUCGUUCCGUUCGAACGCGAGCAACAAGGGAGGUGCUAAGGGAUCGAAGAAGACUGUAAUAAGCGGUACUGCAGCCGAAAGACAGGCGCUUAUAGACAGGUCGCUCGAGCUUGGGAUAUCGCAGGACGACAUCGACGACUACCUCAAGCAAUACAAAGUUGUAAAGAACCGACGUCCGACCGCUGCGAGCAAACAGGAAUCUACUCCGGUAUCACCAGCUACCGCUGAUAAGGAGGCUUCGAAAACAGCUGGGUCGCCGGUUGAACAACCCAAGAAACGGAAGUUGCCCAAGCGACUGCUUGAAAAAAGCGAAUACCUGCCCGAACGCGGUGUUGAGUACCCGCUCUACGAGGCUAUAGACCGCAUCAAGUUGAUAAGCGGUGUGCGCUUCGUGGAAGGGAUAGACGUGGCGCUGCACGUCCCGCUGAGCCGCAAGAAGGUACGUGCCACCGCGGCGCAGUACGCCCGGCUCAUCACGAUACCGCACCAGUCGCUGAAGUCCAGGCGGUGCCGCAUUGGCGUAUUCGCGAAGCCGGCAAUCUGUGAGCAGGUGCGCGCUCUGAAUGCGACCAAGGUUCUGUUUGUUGGUGGUGCGGAGCUUAUCGAGCAAUUCAAAGCUGAGGACUCGUACCCUGAUGUGGAUUUCGUGCUAUCGGACCUCGACACUUUUCACAAGCUUUCUGCUAUAGGUAGGGCACUAGGUCGCCGGGGGUUGAUGCCUUCCUUGACUGUCGGCACUUGCAUACAACACACUGCCGACCUGUUGGAUACGGUGGAUAAGGUGGAAAAUCGCAACACAUUCAUCCUUCGCUCUGACCGUGUCGGCGACAUAAAGUGCAAUUUCGCCGACGUUACUAUGCCCCGCGAGGAAAUCCGGGAGAACCUUCUGGAGAUCGUAAAGUACCUGCGUCAAAACAAGCCCGACUUCGCCGGUGCGCAGAUCCUUUCCGCAGCGUACGUUUCCUCUAGCAUGGGACCGUCGUUCCGUAUAUUCUUGAAGGAUCUAGGUUUCCGUGGUCGUGUUAAGCGUGGGCGCUAG